CUCUGCUGCACACCGACUUGCUCUCCAGAAUCGACGACCGGCAAACACACGUCCUAUCAGCGGCGUUGCCAUUGCCUCCGCGCCAUUGGUCUGUGACUCUUUUGAGCGCCGAAGGGCCGGGUGGACAGAUAAGCUUGAAAACUUCGAACUUCCCGCGCCCGAUCUCUCACCCUCCGACCACCAACACCCAAUCCCAUCGCUGCUGACCAUCUCAUGCUCAACUGCUACCUCGCUGCCGACAUCAACCCAACUUCCUCCUAGACACCAACCCCUCCGUCUCUUGAGCUGGUCGCGUUCAUGGUGUUCGCUCCCACACUCUUCACCUCGCAAGACUACAUCAGUGACCACUUGUGGAAGGCCUUCAGUGGUUAAGAAACCUCACCCCACCGCCCGCUACACCCAACCUCAACCAUGGCCUCUGCCAUCCUUGCCCGAACUUUGAAGCCUGCUGGUCUGCCCAAGACUGGCAUCACCAAGGCCUUCAUCAGGAACAAUGCCACUGUGGCACCAGAAACCCGCAUUGGCUCUGCUCCAAAUGCCUUCAAGCGAUCGACCAAGCCAUCCUUCGAUCGAGCCACCUUCACCAUCCGCGAUGGUCCCAUCUUCCACGGAAAGAGCUUCGGUGCAAAGGCCAACAUCAGUGGAGAAGCAGUCUUCACCACAUCGCUCGUAGGCUACCCUGAGUCAAUGACCGAUCCUUCAUACCGUGGACAGAUCUUGGUCUUCACUCAACCACUCAUCGGCAAUUACGGUGUGCCAUCCGACGUCCGUGACGAAUACGGACUGCUCAAGUACUUUGAGAGCCCCAACAUCCAGGCCUGCGGUAUCGUUGUUGCUGAUGCUGCUCUCAAGUACUCCCACUGGACUGCUGUCGAGAGUCUGUCCGAGUGGUGCGCUCGUGAGGGCGUUCCUGCCAUCUCUGGCGUUGAUACUCGCGCUAUCGUCACAUACUUGCGAGAGCAAGGUUCUUCGCUAGGAAAAAUCUCCGUCGGCGAAGAGUACGACGCAGACGAGGACGAGGCGUUCAACGACCCAUCUGCCAUCAACUUGGUAGCCAAGGUCUCCACCAAGGCACCUUUCCACGUGCCAUCGCCAAACGGCAAUGCUCACGUCGCUCUGAUCGACUGUGGUGUCAAGGAGAACAUCAUCCGCUCCAUUGUGGGACGCGGAGCUAGCGUGACCUGCUUGCCAUGGGACUAUCCAAUUCACAAGACUGCGCACCACUUCGACGGAGUCUUCAUCUCCAACGGCCCUGGUGACCCAACCCACUGCCGCAAGACCAGCGACAACCUCAAGAAGCUCAUGGACAACAGCAACAUUCCCAUCAUGGGCAUCUGUCUCGGCCACCAGCUUCUGGCCAUCGCAUCCGGCGCCCGCACCGUGAAGAUGAAGUACGGCAACCGUGCCCACAACAUCCCAGCUUUGGACUUGAUGACCGGCAAGUGCCACAUCACUUCUCAGAACCACGGAUACGCUGUCGAUGCUGGUUCCCUACCAUCGGACUUCAAGGAGUACUUCACCAACCUCAACGAUGGCUCCAACGAGGGCAUGAUCCACAAGACUCGUCCAAUCUUCAGCACGCAGUUCCACCCUGAGGCCAAGGGUGGUCCACUUGACAGCAGCUACCUGUUCGAUGCCUACCUCAACAGCGUUCAGCAAUACAAGGCUCAGAAUGAUGCUCUGAAGGGUGGCAAGGACAACAGGCCCAGCCCACUCUUGGUUGAUCUGCUUGCCAAGGAGCGUGUUGGCGUGUCACCAGACGCUUAGACUGCCACUUUCGCUCUGGUUGGUCUAAGUCUGUUUGCUGAAGCGUUUUUGCUAUGAGGGAUUGUGCUUGAAAUUUUCCAAGCUGGAGUUUUUGUCACUUGUCAAUGAUGCUUCCUUACCUGCGUCUGAGCUACUUGUUGAGAUAUCACGAAAUUCACAAAUUUGAUGCCAUUACUUCUCGAGCCUCGUCAUCUGUCCCACAUAUAUCUAAGACAGGUUAGAAGAGAAAUAUUGCUGGACAUUCAACCAUAUGAUGAGUCGCUGAUACUGUACGACUAUGCUCUGUAAAAGCUACAUGCACAAACUACAUGUAUCGGAACUUACCUUGUAUGUGGCAUGGAGUGAUGAACGAAGUGGCUUUUCCCAAAAGGCCAUUCCAGGCUUUCGCAAGCUGAAAGCCUGAUGGAAGCAUGACCAGCCCUGCCGCGUCACAAAACAGGAUAUCACGGCAACAUAGCGUCUUCUUGGCUAGACAUCACGUAGCGUCCGUCAAUACCGA